UUUUAAUGCUACUUAAUGGUUUUUGAUUUUCAAGUCAAUAUAACUAGUUGGCCUACUGCUCAUGAUAAUAAUACCAGAGCAGCCAUGGAAACAAGAAGCUUGUUAUUGCUGCUCUUCGCAUUCACUUCCCUCUUCAUUUCAGCAAUUGGAGGGAAAUUAUACCAAGGAAGAUGGAAGAUGUUGAAGAGAAGCAUUGGAAUUUCAGCAAUGCACAUGCAAUUGUUACCCAACGAUAAGAUUAUUAUGUUUGAUCGGACAAACUUUGGUCCAUCAAAUCUUUCUCUACCGGAGGGCAAGUGCAUGAGCCAAUCACAAGACGCUGAUUGCUUUUGUCAUUCUGUGGAGUUUGAUUCUAUCAAUAGAAAUAUUCGACCGCUCACCAUUCUCACUGAUACAUGGUGCUCUUCAGGGGCAAUAUCAGAAGAUGGUGUGCUAGUGCAGAGUGGUGGAUAUAGGCUAGGAGAACGAGUUGUUAGGUCCUUGAAGCCCUGCGCAGAUUGUGACUGGGUAGAGGAUACACAUGGUCUAAUUUCGCCUAGAUGGUAUGCUUCAAAUCAAGUUUUACCUGACGGGAAUAAGUUCAUUGUUGUUGGGGGGAGAUAUCAAUUCAAUUACGAGUUCAUCCCCAAAAGCUCUAUUUCUGAUGAAACUCUUUACCAACUUCCUUUUCUGAAAGAAACCAGAUAUUCUCCCCUGAUUCCAAACAAUCUCUACCCUUUCCUACACCUUUCUCCUGAUGGAAAUCUCUUCAUUUUCGCCAAUGACCGAGCAAUUCUACUUGACUAUGUCAACAACAAAGUGGUUAAAAACUAUCCUGUCAUGCCUGGAGGCAUUUCGCGCAACUACCCGAGCACUGGCUCCUCAGUUUUGCUUCCUCUUAAACUCCACAGCAAUUUUAGCGUAACCCCAAAAGCAGAAGUCUUUAUUUGCGGUGGGACAUUGCCAGAUUCAAACCAGAAGGCGGAUGCAGGAGAAUUUAUUGCUGCAUCAAAAUCCUGCGGUCGGUUAGUAAUAACCAACGUGAAUCCUAUCUGGGAAAUGGAGGAAAUGCCUAUCAAUAGAGUGAUGGGUGACAUGAUAAUCUUGCCGACAGGUGAUGUGCUCAUAAUAAAUGGUGCUGCUAAAGGAACUGGUGGCUGGAAUGCUGCAAGAGAACCAGUGCUAAACCCACUCCUCUACAGGCACAAUGCACCUACGGAUGGUAACAUUAGCAGGUUUGAGAUCAUGAGUCCGUCUACCAUUCCACGUCUCUAUCAUUCAACUGCCCAUUUGCUAUCAGAUGGUCGAGUCUUGGUCGGCGGCAGCAAUCCUAAUAGGAACUACAACUUCACUGCACUCUAUCCGACAGAACUAAGCCUCGAAGCGUUUUAUCCACCAUAUCUCACUUCAAACACUUCCAGGCCAUCAAUCACUGCAGUAGAUCCAGGGGCGAGUCUUGGUUACAAGCAGAAAUUUUCUUUGAGGUUUCAGUUGAAGGAAAAAGAUAGCCUUGGAAACAUUUAUGUGACAAUGGUGGCACCAUCUUUCACUACACAUUCUUUUGCUAUGAAUCAGAGGUUGUUGGUUUUGGCUAUGGACGAUAAUGGUGUAGAAAAUGUGGCUGCCGGAAACAACUACAUUGUCCAUGUCAAUACACCGGCAACCCCAGCACUUGCACCACCAGGAUAUUAUCAGUUGUUUGUGAGCCAUGAAAGUAUUCCUAGUAAAGCAACGUGGGUCCACAUCAAGUAGGGGGUUGUUGUGUCUCCUGAAUUUAAAAUUUAUUAUCAUUGUGGUGGUCUUUUCAAGUACAAAAUAUGGAAAAGGUACCAUAUAUUUUGAGUUUUUUUUAUUGUUUUAGCAUUAAGUUUCUGUUUGGUAUGCAAUUUUGAAUUCUAUUAAUAAAAUUGAAUUUAUUUUUAUUCAUGAAA